GUAACAUGUGAGUCUAUAUAAGUCUUAGUACAAGGUCCUACACCCAGCUCUUCUGCUGCUCCGCUGGGUAAUGAAGAACCAUGGUGCCCAGGAUCUUUGCUGCUAUCUUCAUUUUUGAAAUCGUGGGCUCACGCUCAGAAGGAGUCACAGACACUGGACUCUUGCUAUGCCAGCCAGCACCCAUGUGUGGGGACCAGAUCUACAACCCCUUGGAGCAGUGCUGUGAUGAGGGGACCGUCCUGCCCCUGAACCAGACCCGCCUCUGUGGCCCCUACUGCACCUUCUGGCCCUGCUUCCAGCACUGCUGCCUUGAGUCCUCGGGCGCUCAGAAUCGGACUGUUGUGAGGUUUAAGGUCCCAGGCACGAAGUCCAACUGCAGGUCCGCCCCCCUCACCAGGAUCUGUGCCCAGGAGUACCUCCCCAACAAGCCCUCUAUCAGAAUUGAGUAUUUCUGGACCAUCCUGAGGAGCACAGACACAGGACACUCAAGAUUCUGAUGUUUGCUGGUCAGUAGUCCUGCGACAAAGAUUUUUAAUAACCAUAAAUAUCACUUUUUCUUCCAUUUGGAAGACCGCCAUACUAGCCCAAGCUACCAUCACCAUCCAUACCUCAGCAGUCAUCUAGCUGAUCUCCCUACUUCUACUUUGUCCCCUUUAGUUUAGUUUGUAAAUUGGAAUAAUCGUUUUUAAAUAUCAAACAGAAGAAAAAUAUUGUGGAAAUCCCCACUCUGGCUUCCAUGAAAUCUGUAGUUAAUCCCCAUCUCCCACACUCUUUUUUUUCCUUUUUACAUUUGGUAACUAUUUUUACAUAUCUUUCAAUACUUCAUUGUAUUUAAGUGCUACUUAAAAAUAGUGAUAUACUUAUCAGUUAAUUUAGUCUGAUAAGUAUGGACCAACAUGGACCAGAAAAAGUGGUAGUCAAUUUAAUUCUAUUUCUUUCCUUUCUCUAGACCCCAAAUGAUUUUUGUACAUAUGUUUGUAUCCCAGUCAUAAUAAGGAGAUUCCACAUUAAUUGUGGAAUUUUACAGAUACCAUGUUUCCCCGAAAAUAAGACCGAGUCUUAUAUUAAAAUAAGACUGGGUUGAGCCAGCCCAGUGGCUCAGGCGGUUGGAGCACCGUGCUCCUAACUCUGAAGGCUGCCGGUUCGAU